AUGGCCUCAGGCGCCAAGACCGACUCGGAGCACCUUUCUCUAUCCCAAACAAUGCUUCACAUGGACCACUCACAAUCAAGGCAUAUCCAAGGACAUUUGGCCUCAAGAUCCCAGGAUGAUGAACUUUUGAGCCAGGAUAGCUUCUCCUUGUGUUCAAGUACUGCCCAAAGCGACAAGCCGUGGUCGAUGAAUGAUGUGGACUGCCUUGAUAGCAACUCUAUUGCGUCAAGCAAACCCGACUCUCCAGCAGUCCAGAUGCUUUCUUUUUCAUUAUCACAACAUGCCCUGCUCCACUCCGGGGUAGGCGCCAGCGACAUCAUGUACUCGGCCGGUUCCGAAUUUCAUGGUCUGCCUGACGUUGGCGAACAAGCCGAAAUGGAUUUCUCCAAGCAGGAUUUUAACCCUUACAAUUCCCUGUUUGAUUUUUCUGCCUUUGAGAAUGAUGUCAACGGCCAGAAUGGGACUCAUCCAUCAUGCACUCCUGAUCACGGCUCUCCUGCCGGAGACAACUGGAACCCUAUUGUCUCGGACAGCCGAUAUAACCAGGGAUCCAUGGAACAUUUCUCUGGCAAUGUUUUUAACAUGCCUGUUUCCCCUCCACUGACGGAAGCGAGCAAUGAUAUCGCCGUUACCUCUUCCUGCUCCCAAUCUGGAUACCCCGCUUUUAUGUCGCAUGAGGAUGCCAUGUUGAAAGACAUCACGACGACCCCAGUUGGAACCCACGGGAUAAACCUAGGAGACCCGAUUUUCCCGUUGACACCGCCUCUCAAUGAGCAGGACCCCAACAGGACAAUCCGCCCUUCGAAAGGUGCACGCAGGCCAGCACUGCAGGUGUCCCCAACCCGACCACAGGUUAAACAGGAUGCCGAGUUUUUCCCACCUCUUCCCGUCAAAGAGCCACUCAGAUCGAGGUCCAAGGAUGGUAGUGAAUCGCGCAACCCGCGUGACCACCCAUACUACUCUCUGCCACCGCACUCUGAUUCAAAAUAUUACUGCCCAUUUGCCACUGGAGACAAGCCGUGCAAUCACCCUCCCACUACUCAGAAGUGUGCUUACCACAAAUACCUGGAUUCCCACUUGAAGCCAUAUCGUUGCCGGGUCCCCAGCUGCAUGGAUGCCCAGCUUCACUUCUCCUCAAAUGCAUGCCUAUUCCGUCAUGAGCGCGAAGCCCACGGUCUCCAUGGCCACGGAGACAACCCCCACCUUUGUCUCUUUGAAGGAUGUGACCGUUCCAUCCCAGGAUAUGGAUUCCCCCGUCGCUGGAACCUCUUUGACCACAUGAGGCGGGUCCACGACUACGCCUCGUCUGAGCGCCCUAGCUCACCGGAUGCUUCCCCCACCAACCAGCCCAAGAAGAAGGAAUCCACUGGACGCAAACGCAGAGUUCCUGGCGUUAGCGGCGCUCAAACCAUGAAGCGCACCCGCUCCACACAGUCCCAGACAAACCCAUUGAAGGCUGCUGUCCAGCAGACAUCCGUCCACAACGGCCAGAACAUCCAGGCCGCUGAACGGAACUACUAUAAUUGCCACCGGCGUCUCCUUGAGCAACUCAACAACAUCACACCCCAGGACUCCGCCAUGCAUGACAAGGUCAACGCAAGUCUCCAAGAACUCAUUACCCUUGGAAUUACAUACCGCCAGGCCCAAGCCAGCCAGGCCGUUGCUCAAAUCGGCAAUGGAAUUCCCGCUUGA